AUGCCUCAAGCGGUUGCCCCAGCCGCUGGCAAGCCCAGAGAUCCCUCAUGGCCCGAAUCACGGCGAAGGCCUCGUGUUCCCCAAGUUUACGGCAUCGUGCACUGCAUAAAAAGGUCGCUGGGCGUAAUGCUUGACCUCGGUGGUAUCGUCAUGUGCAUCAUGUACGCGGCCAAAUACCCUCCGAGAGCUGGCUCUGGUAUUGUGCCGACGAUUGGGGCUUUUAUUGCUUUGGCAAUCGAUCUCGCGGAGAUGAUAGGCACAGUGAACGGGUCCAGACGAAUUCCAAGAGCACACCCAGGCCUUACUUUUUUCAUCGACUUUGUUGUCAUGAUACUCUUUUUAGUUGGCUUUCUUAUGCUGUUUCUCUCCGAUUUCGGCGAGUCGUCAAAGCCACGACCAUGGCUGGAUGCAGUGUCAGAAAUGCUGAUUAUUGAAUGCCUCAGUUUCUCGAUACGAAUCAUCUUUUUAAUUUGGGCUUGCAUAGAUUGCUGUGUACGGAAAUCUCACAGGAGGCAGCGAGUAAUUUACGUACCCGUGGUGUUUCCUACCGAUGCUCCAGGACCAGGGAUCCCGGCGCCAGUGUAUGGCUUGCCUGCCGGCAAUGUCGUAGCAGGAGCAGAGCUCCCCAAGUACGAAACCGCUACCGAUAGGAAUCAGGCUACCGCCAGUUAG